AUGCCCCAAAGACAUUUUCUGACCUCCGGUGUUUUGAAGUCGUCUGCAGAAGUGGCAGUGGAACACCGCGACGUCACCGGUGGCGGCAGAAGAACCGUCGACGAUGUGAUCGACCCGCAAACUCGUUCGAGUGAUUGACCACCGGUCGGCAGAGGAAGUAAGAAAAAGGGAGAAAGAGGCGUCGGCGGAGUCAGUGGUAAACACUCUUUGACGGCGCAAACGUCUUCUUCUUCUCCGUCCGACGUCUUCUGCCGACUUCAGAAAAUGCGACCGUGUUCUUUGCUCCUGCUCGUUGCUGCCGUUCAUUUUGCUGACGCGGCCAAGUUCCUCGAUACUGUGAGUUUCCUGGGAGUUGAGUAUUCUCAGAUCACAUAGAAUAUCUCCGACAUCUAAGAGCAAACUUUUGGGAUUUUUUUUUAAUGCAAACGGUUCUUGUUUUCUCAAUUCGUGAUUUUUAUCGGCUUCUUAGAGAUUCUGAGUUCUUUGAAAAGUGUCUGCAAAAGGUCUUGAGUUUUUUGAAAAAGACGGAAGUUAUAAAAGAUCUGGUUUAAAACCUAUCGCACAUUGCUCUACAUAGUUUUCGUUUCUCUCUGUUUGAAGUUUCAAUUUUAUACUUAAUUCGUUAAAUGUUGAAAGAGUCUGUUUUCUUUGUGCUCUCUCCCCUUUGCGACGCUCUCGUAGUUACUUUCUUUUUUUUUACUCUCUCUGGCUUUGCUGAUUAGAGAAAAGAGUGUGGAGAUAGGAUAUAACUCCUGAAUAUUUUUUUCACAUGCUUUUACGAACGGUGAAAGUCGAUAGGUGUUUCUUUUAUUCUUGCCAAGGCCUGAAAGACCUAAAAAAAAGUUCCCAAAAAGAACUAAAACUCCUUUUCCGACUUGGAAUUUUUUUCCCUGCAAUCUCAUUUAAUGGAAAUGUUAAGGAAAUCUUCUGUUUCUUCGAAGUUUUUUUUUCAAUUUGACAAUAUUUUUCAACGGAAAAGAGGAUCCUCCUGAACUAAAUUCAGGUCUCUCGGUCAGCCAUCUCAGUGCUGCAUGGAUCUCGACGAGAUGGAACAGUUCGACAAUGUUCUUGCGUCGAAAUGAAGGACUGCUAUUCUUCGGCAAAGGCACAAGCUCUUGAGUGCUUCGAAGGAUGUUGGCAGACUAUCACAGCAGUUGGUUUUACUUGAAGAUCUUGGAAAAUCGAAAAAAAAGAACGAAUAUUUGUCGAAAAAAUCAGCUUUCAGUGCAAAUUUAGCUUAAUUCUACCACACAAUCGUUUUAAACUGAAACUGCCUUUAUGAAUCUUCUGAAAAAAGAAGCCGUUCAACCUUUUUGAAGUCGUGAAAAACCUGCUAAAACAGAAUGAUGAGAUUUUCCUGUUAAGUUCAAACUGACGGACCGGCCCGAAGAGCUGAAGGCGUGCUUCGACGCGAAAAAGCCGUUCGUCGACCAGGUCAUCGACUGCUUCCAGGAGAAAGUCAAGGCGUAAGAUUUUUGUUACACUCUUCCAAUCAACUAUCUCAAAAUGCAAACUUUAACAUCGAAAAUUCCUUUGUUCUCAAUUGAUAACUUCCAAUGAUGAUAACAAACAUGCAGAACGAACUUUACGAUGAGAAAAAGUUCACUGGGACCCAGAAUAACAGUCAAAACAAGUUGUUUCAAUUCCAAUUUCACAACACAUGUUUACCUCCUUCAAUCCAACAUAAUAGUCUUUUUUGGUCUGUGUUUUGAGAUCAACUUUCUAGAUAUUUUGAAUGUACAUUAACAUGGUGUUUUUCAAUUAAACCUGUGUUGAAAAUUUUUUUUCUUUCGGAUUCGAAUAGCACAUUGAAAGCUUCCAAUAUCUUCGAACCUUUUUGAAGUAAUUUUUUUUUUCGAAAUUUUUUUCAAGUUUUUUAGAAAGUUAGGAUUACAAACAAAAUAUGAUUUUUUCGGUGGAAAAUAAACUGUUGAUUGAAAAAACCACCUUUUAUUUCCUAGUUUUCGAAUGAAGGUCUCAAAGUCUCAGGUUGGGCUAUUGUAAAAAAUUUUGAUGGUUUUCUUUAGCUUCGAGGUGUCCAUUCUCAAAGCCUAUAAUAGUGUUGAAGACGAGAACUUUUGAGGAAAUUUAGGGCGUUAUCCGAUUCCCCACAGUUGAAGAAAACUAUCAAAACCCGUCUAAAAUAGAACUCUUGUAUUUUGAGCCCGCGCUUCUCGAAAUCUAAAGAUUUUUCGUAUUUAAAGACCUUCAUCUAUUACAUCAAUGUAUUCUGGAGUUCCCAGGAAAAUCCCAACCAAAAAAAUGAAAUGACCUUUCCUGUGAAUAAAAGAGACUUGAAGAUGUGCGACGGACGAGGACGCCGGUAAGACAGUUUCCGUGAAGCAGUACGACUACAUGGACAUGAUCAAACGUGUCGAAGACGCCGUCAACGACCAGAUCAACGCCUUCCUCCGUUCGAUUGCCUCGGACACAGUCAAGGUGACUGGACUCUUCAGGAGUUGAAAGAAAUGAAGUCUUCUUUGAAGACGGUGGUCAACGCCGCGUCGACGGUGGCUCGUUGUGUCAAGACUUGCUUCAUCGAGAAGAACAAGAAUGGCUUCUGUUUCGACCGGAUAGGGUGAGCAGGCCAGAAACUGUACUUGCAAUAUUGGACUUAAAAAGGGAAGAACCGAAAAAAUUUCGCUUGAACUUUUUCUAAGCAUCAUCGUAACAGAAAAGCUUCCCCUAAAGUGGCCUCCAAAAUUUUCUGCAAACUAUUCAAAAUUGAUCCUUCCCACCUGUAGUCGCCGUAAGAAAAAUUGAUUUGAAGUGAAAUUUUAAUUUAUUGAUUGAACCCGGCUCCCUAUUCAAAUUUGGCUCUUUUUUAAAUCGAAAAUUUCGAGAAACAAAAAAUCAAUAACCUUUCGAAGAAGAAAGAAAGCUGAUGAGAAAUAAAAAUUAAACUUCAACUUCAAUCACAAAAAGCUUAAAAAUCGGAAAAAUAUGACAAUCUUUGAACUUCUUUGUUCAAUCUAGGAAGUUCAAUUUUUCCUAUUUGAGCAGUUUUCAGUUUCAACUUGAAUCCACAGGAAGAUCUGGAAUUUUCCGUUUUUCAGAUGCGAGCCCCACAUUGAAGACCGAAACGCCCGUUCGGCGAUCAGACAGUGUUCAAGGGCGGUCGCCUGGAAAAAGGAAGUCGAGCAGUUUUGCCGUUGCUCCAGCGAGGCUGGAAUUUCGUGAGUUUUCCUGUCUUACCCAAAAUUAUCAUGGAACAUAUUUUUCAGUGGCCUUUCAAGCUAUUGCGGCAUGUUGAACGUUAUCGGCAAGAAGAAGAAAUAA